CCUCACAUUUCCUCCCGAUCAGAGAGACAAGUAACAAAAUGGCAAGAACCAAGCAGACCGCUCGUAAAUCCACCGGAGGCAAAGCCCCCAGGAAGCAACUGGCCACCAAGGCUGCUCGUAAGAGCGCCCCGGCCACCGGCGGCGUGAAGAAGCCUCACCGUUACAGGCCCGGUACCGUGGCUCUGAGAGAGAUCCGUCGCUACCAGAAAUCGACGGAGCUGCUGAUCCGCAAGCUGCCCUUCCAGCGCCUGGUCAGAGAAAUCGCUCAGGAUUUCAAGACCGACCUGCGCUUCCAGAGCUCCGCUGUCAUGGCUCUGCAGGAGGCCAGCGAGGCUUACCUGGUCGGCCUGUUUGAGGACACCAACCUGUGCGCCAUCCACGCCAAGAGGGUUACCAUCAUGCCCAAGGACAUACAGCUGGCCCGCCGCAUCCGCGGAGAGAGAGCUUAAACUGCUGCUGCUCCACUGACGAUAACAACGGCUCUUUUAAGAGCCACUUCACUGCACUCAAGACAAAACUCCUCUGCUGCCCUCACUAGUUACUGACUGUUCAUACAUAUAAUACACUGUAAAUAACUGACUGCAGAGUUUAAAGUAAAUAUCUCGCCAAUAAAGUUCCCAUCAAA